ACCAAUGACGCUUUAGCAUUUGCUUCUAAUUCGUUGUAUUAUUUCUGAAACUACAGCUACACAAUAUGGGUAUUUAUUUAAGUAAUUUUACAGCUAGAUUUGUCAGAGAGUGAGAGCAGCCAAAUAGACAAGUAGAGAGAGAGAGAGGGAGGGGGGGGGGAAGAUUAGGGGACGCCCCACACGAUCUUUGAAGGAGAAAAAGAGAAGGGGGAAUCAUCAAUCAUGCCUUCAGGUUCUAAGAAGAGAAAAGCUGCCAAGAAAAAGAAGGAACAAGCAGCCAGCAACAUCCCACGUGGAAAUGGGGAUCCAAGAAGCCAAGAUGAAAGGGAAAGUGAUGUUGGUUCCCCUGCAUCCCAGGGUGACCACAAUCACCACCAUCCAUUCAAUCAGAAGGAAAAAGGGAAAAGGGGAUCUUCACCAAUUCAAUCACAUGUAGCAGAGGAGAAGUCUGCGGAAGGGGCCAUUACGGAUGCAGAAAACACCGAGAGAUCAGGAUCGGAAGAUGUUGUUGCUGUUAAAAUUGAAAAGGAGUUGGGAUCUCAGGAGGAUCUUGAGAGCACACUUGUCACUGUUCAGCACAUUGAGCAUGAUAAGAGCUCUAGUAGCAGUAGAAGCAAUUCAGAUGAUGAAUCUGAGAAGAAAUCAAAGGAAGAAGCAUAUAAUUUUGGUUCUGAAGUGGCCGCAUAUGGCAAUGAGGAUAAGCUGGCUACUGUUAUGUCUGAAGAAGUCCUGAAAGUUGUUGAAAAUGAAGCAGUCGGAAACGUUAACGGUAAUUCUGCUGUGGGAACUGCCAAUGUUGACAAUUUGGUAAAAACUGCUUUCUCCGUCCAAGAGGAAGCGGACCAUGCUACAGAAGUUUCGGCAAACAAAUCAGUGCCUGAUGUUGUUGAGCCAGGGUUGAAGGGAAGUGAAGAGCAGUUAUUGCCCUCCUCAAAUGGUGUCUCUGGGCUUGAAUUGAGAGAAACUGAAGGAAAAAUCUCCUCAUCCUCGGGUAAUUCUGCUGAAAGUUGUACUGUGGUGGACAAAACUCAACAUUUUGAGUCCCAUGAUCAUUCUGAAAAGCAGCCACUUGUCGCUUCAACUCUUCCCGUGGUGCAAAGAACCUCAGUGUUAAGUUGCUGUGGAUUGUUUGAUGUUUUUACUGGUUCUGGAAGAUAAAUUGCAGAACCAUCUGUUCAUGGGGAUUCCGUAGACAUGCAAUUCGUCAAAGUCACAAAUGGUUUUGGUUUCUAUACUUCUAUUUCAUUUCAAGGCUCAAUGUUUUUCUUUAAAGAAUAAUGUGCGGCAGACCUAGCUACAAAAACAGUUGUAAGUUUCGUGGUAGUGAUACUGUGGAUGCCGGUAGUUGCUAGUUGUUGGUUACUAGCUUUGAGUACAAUCUUUUAUUGGCACAUUUGCGGCGUAGGUGCUUAGCUAGGUUUAUGUUGUGUCUGGUUCUUUUUCCCAGGUUGUGGUGACUAGUUUCCUUGGAGUAUACUAGUGUUUCUUAGUGCAAUUUCAACAGGGUUGCUGUUGGUGUCUAUAUUGUGAAUUUUGAUAAUAUCUGUUUGUUUCAGCAAA